AUGGCAUCCAACAGCGGUAGAGCCACCAAGCUCCCUCUGGUGCCUCUGUCCAAGGGCUCCGUUUUGCUCCCGGGAGUUACUCUCCGCAUCCCAGUCUCUAACCGCCCAGAUCUGACCAACCUACUGUCAUCACUGGUGGACCGGCCUUCCAAGCGCGAGGGCAACACGAUUACCUUCGGAUGUAUUCCGCUGAGCUCUCAGUUCCUCAGUCGCGAUGGACAGCAACUUCUAGAAGGGGAUGAAUCGGAUGAUGAUAGAAGGGAGGAGUACGACGCAAUCGAUGCUGGCCAGGCGCGCAAGGAUGACCUGUUUCGAUACGGCACGGUUGGUAAGGUGAUCGGUGUCCAGCGCCGCGCCUAUGCCGAGCCGUUCCUGUUGGUCCAAGGCGCUCAGCGAUUCACUGUUAAGAAGAUCAUCAAGGAUCGACCAUUUUUCGAGGCGGAGGUGUAUCUUCAUGAUGAAAGCAGUAGGUCCCCCUCCCCCCACAGCACCUAUCCCGAUGACCUUGAGUCAAGAACACCUGGGCUAAACAUUUAUUUAUUAGCAUCAUCGAUGCACGGCGAUUCCAAAGCCGCGGAAUUGUUCCAACAAUUGCGACAGCUUUCCCGCGAGCUUCUUACUCUACUACGCCUAUCCUCGUUGCUCUCCGCCGCCUCGAACCGUCUGUCGCCACUUGUGGCGCGCAAAUUCGAACUCUAUAUCUCGAAAACUGAAAUAGGACAAGCGGGGAAACUCGCCGAUUUCAUGGCCGACGUCUCCGAUGCAAGCUUCGAAGAGAAGCUGCGGAUAUUGGCCUCGUUCGAUGUGAAGGAGCGACUGGAGCGUGUGGUAGAGAUAUUGACCCGCCAAGCUCAGCAUAUCAAGAGCAGCGUGAAGGUGACCUCUAUCACGACAACCUCAUUCCCACCCAACUCGAAUGUUGAUAUUGGCCAGAUCGAUCCUCGGGAGCGCGAGAUACUGGCAAGACGUGCGAUGCAGGGACUGUCGGGUCUCACGCCUCCUGGACCGGCGGGUGGUCGUGGCAACGAUAACGAAGAGAAGGAGCCGAAUGAGGUUGAUGAGCUGGCCCAAAAGCUGAUAGAUGCGCAGCUCAGUCCGGAGGCUCAAAAGGUUGCGGAUAAAGAACUCAAGCGUCUGCGCAAGAUGAACCCGGCCAACGCUGAAUACGGCGUUUGCCGUACAUACUUGGAGAAUCUGGCUGAGAUCCCAUGGGCCAAGGUCACCGAGGAUCAGUUAGGCCCGGAUACACUGAAGCUAGCCCGCAAGCAGCUUGAUGAAGAUCACUAUGGCUUGGAGCGGAUCAAAAAGAGAUUACUGGAAUACCUGGCAGUGCUGCGAUUGAAGCAGACCACGAAUGAGAAUGUGGAGCGGCAAAUUACUGGUCUCACAAAGGACCUAGAUGCUGCAUCCCAUGGGGAUCUCGAGAAAGACGUCCCUUUGAUCUCGGAGGCCGAUCGGGUGGCGCUGGAGACCCGUUUGGAGAUCUUGAAGACGAAGCGCACGACUGACAGGUCCCCAAUUCUGCUCCUUGUUGGUCCCCCAGGUACCGGCAAGACCAGCUUGGCCAGGUCUGUCGCUGCUUCUCUUGGUCGCAAAUUCCACCGUAUCUCUCUUGGUGGUGUCCGCGACGAGGCCGAGAUCCGCGGUCACCGACGGACCUACGUCGCCGCUAUGCCUGGUCUGAUCGUCAAUGGAUUGAAGAAGGUUGGUGUCGCCAACCCAGUCUUCUUGCUUGACGAGAUUGACAAGGUUGGCGGUGCCAACUUCCAGGGAGAUCCCUCUGCGGCGAUGCUGGAAGUCCUGGACCCUGAGCAGAACCACACCUUCACUGAUCACUAUAUCAACAUCCCCAUUGAUUUGAGCAAGGUGCUUUUCCUCGCCACCGCCAACUCCCUGGAUACCAUUCCGGCACCUCUGCUCGACCGCAUGGAGACUAUCUCGCUCUCCGGAUACACCACCGUUGAGAAGCGGCAUAUCGCCAAGCGCCACCUGAUACCCAAACAGGUGCGAGCCAACGGCUUGGCGGAUGGACAAAUUAAUCUGUCCGACGAGGUCAUCGACAAGACCAUCACGUCAUACACCCGUGAAUCUGGUGUCCGUAACCUGGAGCGCGAGCUUGGCUCAAUCUGCCGCUACAAAGCCGUCCAGUUUGCUGACGCCGGUGACGCCGAUCGUCGGGAUGAGUAUAAUCCGGCGGUGACCCUCGAGGACCUAGAGGAAAUCUUGGGUAUCGAGCGCUUCGAAGAAGAGGUCGCCGAGAAGCACGGCCGACCUGGCGUCGUCACUGGUCUUGUUGCCUACUCCACCGGCGGCCAGGGCAGUAUCCUCUUCAUCGAGGUGGCCGACAUGCCUGGUAAUGGACGCGUCCAGCUCACAGGCAAGCUGGGUGAUGUUCUCAAGGAGUCUGUUGAGGUGGCUCUGACCUGGGUGAAGGCUCACUCGUUCGAGCUGGGACUCACCCACGACCCCAACGAGGAUAUCAUGAAGAGCCGCAGUCUGCACGUCCACUGCCCCUCGGGUGCCAUUCCUAAGGAUGGCCCUUCGGCUGGUCUCGCCCAUACCAUGGCUCUCAUCUCCUUGUUCACCAACAAGGCCGUCCCGCCGCAAAUUGCCAUGACUGGCGAGAUCUCGCUUCGAGGCCGUGUGAUGCCUGUCGGAGGAAUCAAGGAGAAGCUUAUCGGUGCUCUGCGGGCGGGUGUGAAGACUGUGCUGCUGCCGUACCCGAACCGUAAGGAUGUUAAGGAUGUGCCCAAGGAGGUCAGUGAGGGUCUGGAGAUCGUCUACGUCCAGCACAUCUGGGAAGCACUCCGUCAUGUCUGGCCGGAUGCACACUGGCCUGGCCAGCACCACAUGAACUUUGUCGAGAGCCGCCUGUAG